AUGUCAAACAACGAACAUGGUGUCCAAAGAGGUUUAAUCAACAACAUCUUAGGUAGAUUUGAAAACAGAGGUUUCAAAUUAGUUGGUAUUAAAUUAGUUACUCCAACUGAAUCAUUAUUGAAAACUCAUUAUGCUGAUUUAACUGAAAAACCAUUUUUCCCAUCAUUAUUAUCAUACAUGUUAUCAGGUCCAAUCUUAGCUACUGUCUGGGAAGGUAAAGAUGUUGUUAAACAAGGUCGUGCUAUCUUAGGUGCUACUAACCCAUUAAACUCUGCUCCAGGUACUAUCAGAGGUGAUUACGCUAUUGAUAUGGGUAGAAACGUUUGUCAUGGUUCUGAUUCUGUUGAAUCUGCUAACAAAGAAAUUGAUUUAUGGUUCAAAAAAGAAGAAUUAGUUGAUUACAAACAUUCUUUAUUCGGAUGGAUCUAUGAAUAA